AUGAGCGUAAAGGACAUUCAGGAACAACUUGCAAACCAAAAUGUUUCAGACGUUCGCAGGAUAACUCGUUCGCAAGACCGUUUAAAAAUCAACACCCCCACACUUAUUCUCACCUUCAAACAAACAACCUACCCCGAAUACGUGAAGGUAGGACUGCUACGAGUCGCCACCAGAACAUACUAUCCCAAUCCCAUGUUGUGCUAUCAAUGCUUCGAGUAUGGACACUCCUCUAAACAUUGUAAAGGACCGAAACGUUGUUACAACUGCUCAACAGAACAUCCGAUUACAAAGACUGAUGAAACUGAUAGCACUACCGAACAGUCCGAAUGCGAUAACCCUCAAUUUUGUCGCAAUUGUAAAGGAGAACAUAGACCAGGCAACAAAAAGUGUGAAGUUUAUCAAAAAGAAGCCAAAAUAAUCAAAAUUAGAAUCGACUCCAACAUCACCUACGCAGAAGCUCGAAAACGAGUCGAAAACGGGCAAAACAGUUACGCUCAAGCUACAGCUCAAAGCCGAAUCGAAUCAAUUAAACUUGACGAACUUAUCAAGGAAAACAGACGAAAGGAUGAACUAAUCUCAAAUUUGACAAUCAACAACAAACAACAGUCAAUGCAAAUCGAAAGGCUUCUUAAUGAAAUUAAAAAUCUAAGAGAAGAUUUAAAUGUACGAUACGGUAACAACAAUACAGAAACCACAAAAGACAACCAGACUGUAAAUAAAACUAGAAGCCGAUCACGAACUAUUAACCCUGAUAAAUUUGAGCAAAGAAACGAAAUCAAACGAAACAGAGGAAUCUCACAAAGACGAGUAGCUACCUCUAUCAGCCCUCCAAUGAAGAAGACUUCCCACAUGGUUACUCAAGAUCAAGAAAACAUGGAUACGGUUGCUCGGCAAACGGAUAUGUACGCAUCUGACACGGAAACUCCUGAACUAACUGCUCGAACUCCUCAUGGCGGACCAAACCGAAAAAACGAUUAA